AUGUCUAGAUAUUCACACAGUUUAUUUCUUCUACUGCUAGUUAUCAUUUCUAGUUGUUUACUACUAUUGACAACAACAACAGUUUUUAUUCAACCAACUCAUGCUUUCAUUCCAUCUUAUUAUGUCACCAAAACAACAACCGAUGGUCAACUUGUUCAAGUCAAUUUAUUGGAAGAAGAAAUUGAACGUUUCUUUAAAAAAUUAGGAACCUUCCCAGGUGUGGAAUUUGAUGAAAUACUUUCUGAAUAUUUCCCAUCUCCUCAAUAUAUAACCCCUGAUAACUCUACUUCUGAUUCUAAGAUUCUCGUGAAUAAUAUUCAUGUCACUCUUCCAUUAAUUGAAAAACAUUCUGGACCUGAGAUUUUAUCUAAAUUUAGAGAGUUGCAACAGAUUGUAUUUGUUGGAAAUGUUCAUGAUUUGGGUAAAUGGUUUAAUGUUGCAAUGAAGAAGGAUUAUGAAACAUUACACGUUGAAUUCAAUAAGGAUGACAUUAUUUACUCAAUUGACCAAACUGAAAUGCCAAAUAGAUUGAAUGCAAAUUCUGGACAAAAGAGAUCAACUAUUUUUGAUACUUUGAAUUUGGAACCAGGAGUUGAACGUUUCCAUGUUGCUUUCAGAAGAAAAUUCCAAUACAUUCACAAGAAUCAUCUCCGUCUCCAAGCUGAUGGUUUCACCUUAAUGUUAUGGGAAAGAAGUUCAGAUCCAAAUAAGAGACCAUUCAUUUUGAGAAUGUGGCAAGAAGUUUAUGAUCGUUCUCACUUUGUUUAUCAGAAUUUUGGUGAAAGACUCGUCACUCCAUAUGAACAUGAACAAGAGACCAAUUCUCGUUUCUUCCACAUGUUGAAUAGAAUGUACUCUCUUCAUGAAAAUGAGAGAGGAAAUCCAAAUUUUGGUAUUACUGAAGAUAUGAAUAUUGGCUACACUCCAAAGAGAGUUUUAGAGAAAAUGUUCCCACUCACUGAAGAUGAUAAUAAGAAGAUUAGAACUGACAUGUUAAAGAUUAUGCAAGACAAGUUGGAAUUUGCAUUCCCAGUCAGUACUCAACCAGUAUUUGGAUUUGCUUCUGCCAAGACAAUGUACUCUGCACUCAUGUCAAGCUCAAAUCUUGAGAGAGCUUUCUUAUUCCCAAUGAGUCCAGUAUUUUCCUAUAAUAAUGAUCAUGCUGUCAUUCAAGUUUCUUAUUUGAUUUAUCCAAAGAAGAAACAAGAUGAUUCAAGAGGUGAUCCAGUUUCAUGCCCUGCCAUCAUUCAUAUGAGUUUGAAUCAUAUUGACAAAUUUACCAAAUUACACUUUUAUUUCGAUCUUAAUAGUUGUAUUAAUAAGUUAUUCACAGGAAAUGCUAAGAGCAAUUGGGUAACCAUUGAUAUGUAA